UUCUGCCAGGAAACAUCAUGAUCUUGUAUACGGUCAUAAUUACGACACUGUGUCUGAGGUUGACCUUGACUGCAGAGACACCACUUUCCACAUCAGAGGACAUCUCACAGAUAAACAACCUGAAGAGUGAUGAAGUUCCAAGGGUAAACAUCGACCCUCGGCUUAGAAGAGCGCUACUCAGGGUGUUGACAAAGCUAGAAGAAGAGGACAAACGUAAUGGCCGCCAUGACUCUGCUAGACAAAUGGCUGAAGUGAUGCAGAACAUAAUAUCUGAGGCAGAUUUCGUUAAAUACUUUCAAGAACAGGGUCUUGAAAAAGAGCUUUUGGAGAGUUUUGAAUCCAAUGAAUCUAACAAGGAAGACCAGAAAGAUGUAAAUUUCGAAGAGAUUCUCUCAUACAGUUCCGAAGACACGAAUAAGCCAAGAGAAACUCCUUUUACGUUCGCUUCCUAUCCAGAGGACGGAAAAGAGGAUACAACACAAAAGAGUUAUCUAGAUUUUCAAAAGACGGAUAAAUACCCCUCAACUAAUCCAACUCCUUCAUUGGGAGAUGCUAUAUUUUUCCAAAUUCCUGAACCUCUUCAUAUCCACGACUCGUUAGUUGAAGAUAACGAAAAUGAGGAGGGAAAGUCAUCUGUAAACGUCCAAGAAACGCGUAGUAUUCAAGGACCAACGUUUACUUCGCCGACAGAAAACAACAGUUAUCAAGAAAAUAGAGAAGAGAAGGUUACGUUUAUAGAAAGUGACGAUGCAAGUAAAGACAUUAAAACUGAUACUAUCACAGUAAGCCAGCCAGAGAAAAGUGUAUUGCAAGAGGAAGAAGAAGAUGAAGCCUCUAAGAUCAAGAUUGAUUUUCAAGCUAGCAACGGGACUGAGGUUGAAGAUACGGAGGAUACUGGAAACUCUUCAAUGAAAGUUAAGCUAGAGAAACACGAGGUUGAAUUCCUACAUUCUUCACUUCUUGCUGCAUUUACAGUGCAACAGGAUCAACAAGGUCUUCCUCGUAGGGUUAUCCCAUUAAACUAUCAAGCCUCAGGAGAUCCUAUACCUUUGCCAAACAACAAACAGCAGCAACAACAACGCUCUAAUGUCCAAGCUAGUUAUGAGGAGAAGCAAAACCAGCUCCAGCAACAAGUAAAAUUCUUACAGGAACAGCAACUACAAGAACAGCAAUACCGUCGUCUUCAGGAGUUCGUGAAAGAAAGACAGAGGUUGCUGGAGCAAGAAGCUCAGAGACAACUUCUUUUGGAAAAUCAGAAAAGACAGUUUGAGAACGAGCAAAGAUUAGCCUUAGCCAGGCAAAGGCAACAACAGAUAUUGUUUCAGAACCAACAAGAUAACAGUUUGGAUAAUCUCAAGGAAUUGGAGAGGCAAAGGUAUUACAACCAACAACAGUUUAACUUCAAUCAAAUCAACCAAAACCAGCCACAGAACGUACAUUUCCAGAAAAGUGUAGAUUAUCAGUUUCAAACCAAAGUUCAACCGCAAACAUUCAACCAAUUGCCUCUGUCAGGCUUUCAAUCGUCAUUCGGAUCUUUCAACACGCCUUUUCAGCCUUCAGUGGAAUUGAACAGAGUAAAUCGUCAAGAAGCAUCUAACUCAGUUGGGAACUUCGGAUUAUCCACUCCUCGACCGAGUUUGAACUUUCGCUCAGCAGGAUUUUCAUCUACCGUAGCACCUUUUAGCCAGCCAACCCAGAACUAUAUCAAAUCCUCCGUUUUGAUCCAACCAUCUCAGUCGACUUUCAUUCAUCCUUCAGACUUUAUCCAGAACAACCAAAUCAUCCAAUCACAGUACGUCCAACCCUCCAACUUCUUCCAGCAGACCUACAACCAACACAGGUUCGCUCCAGUAACCAGAUCUCCACUAACUGUUGACAGUCAGAUCCAGAGCUUACUCUCGAUAACCGGCAUCGGUCAAGGGAAGCCGAGCGCUCAAGAGGAUCUCAACAUCGUAACCAAGGUGCUCGCCCUAGGCCACGGGGAACCUCAGUUUCACAGACAGCAAUUCCAAGCAUCGACAAGACACGAACAAGUCGUCAAGGCGCCAUCAAGAGUCAUACAACCUCCGGAAGUGUGAGUUACAAAGUGUACAUAACUGUUGCCAUCGCCAUUGAAGAGCCGUGAUUAACUCCUCGUGUGUUCAGUUGUAUACAGAACUUGUGUUGUUAACGAUAUUGCUCAAAAACUCUCUUUAGGAUAUCUGACGUAACAUUUUGCCUUCCCGUGCUGAGGUGUUGGAUAUGAAAAGAUUCAUAGUUUAUUUUAAAACUAAUGUUUUUUCGAUUUGCCUAGAGGCUUAGUCAUGUUGGUUUUAAAACUUAAAUCUCAAAAUGUUUCUUUCAUCCCGUUGUAAUUUUAAUUUUUUUUCAGUUUUAAUAGUACAAACUAUCAAACAGAUCAAAAAUAUAUGUUAAGCUAGAAAUACGUAAGAUGGAUUACUUAUGUGAACAAAUGAUCCGUAAGGAUUUUGGAACCAGGAUAGAAAGAUUUGUGCAAGUCUUUAAUUUGCUGUAACAUGAAGUAACACGCCUCAGUUAAUGUAAUAUAACAAUCAAACUUUUAGUAGCAAAAUUUAGUAAGUUAUGUCUAAUUUCUAUGUAUAGUUUUGUAAAUAAAUAUUUUACUGUUA